AUGAGAGGCGGUUUGCAGGAGCAUGAUGAAAUCAUCAAAGAAGCCUCCAAACUGCAAAUCUCAUCACUGCGACGUGAAAUUGAACAACUGCAGAAGGGUGCUGAGGAUCGGAAAGGAAAACUGCAGCAGGUCUCUGAGAUAUCUCUUAUCGUUUACGUAAUUCAUCCUAUAAGUAGCAGCAAGGGCGGACCAACAAGCAUCGCACCCGUGCGUGGACAUACAUUCGGGGAUUCACUGCGAUCGGGGAGGAGAUGCUAG